UUAAUGUUUCUCGAGGGCAUCUCGUUCGCUCUGGCAGCCGCCUCGUUGGGUCAUCGACAGAGGCCAGAGAGGCCGUGGAUUGCCGACAGCAUCACGCACCACACCAUGCCACUGCCGCAGCACACGCCUGGCGAGCAUUGUCCUCCACACCUCCGGAUCCCCGAUGGCAAACCCGCCCUGAACGAGGCACUCGGCCGCCUGAGAAAACAACCAAAAGUGUACCACUCGGGCACUUGCCGGCAGAUCUCUUCCCCCUUUUUGUGGCGUACCUGAGUGUACCAGUCACUCGCGCCGGGCUGUCGGCUACGUUCGUACAUGGCGCCAAAGAAAGGGAGGUACUCCUGCGGCUUGAGACCCUGUGGCACCAAGAUUUCGUCCCGGGUCCGGCGAGCCAAUGCCACCGGCGCAGACACCAGCCGCCACGGCAGGACCUAUAGAAACAAACAUGGAUUCAUACGAUACUACGCAUUGCCUUGCUCCCUUAUAUCCACCACUCGCGCUUACCGCGUGGUGUGUUGUAGUGGUCUUGUAGCCAGGCUAGCACCUUGGGCGGAUACGAGACACGCAGGAGGUUGAUUGUGGGAGACCACUUGUGCACAAUCUGUACAGUACAGAUGACUUGUGCACACAUCCAGGAAUCGACGCCAUGCAAAUCAUCUGUUGCCGCCCUUGCGUACCGUCACUGACUGCUGUGCUGCGGGGGUCACCAGCAAACACCACCCACCAGUCCUGCUCCUUCAUCUCUGGCAGCUUGUCCACCAGCGGCCGCAAUAUGUCAUGAUCAGCCUCGCCGGGCACCUCGGGUGGUGCGACCACAAUAUUAUGGCGGCCGCGGAACCACUACACGCAACGCACACACACACACACACACACUGACAGGAGAGACAUACAGAUGCCUCUCCGUCCGUCCAUCUGCAUGUCUCUCCUGUCAGUCUGGGCGACUUACUUGACGAGUUCAUUGCUGCCCCUGUCGACCCGUGAUGAAAGACACGGAUGGAAUCUGUAUACCGACAAGACAAACAUCAUGAUGCACAGGUAGAUACGCAGGUCUCCGUGUGUGUGUUUGUGUCGUCAAUCCACCCACCCACCUGCUGGCGAGCCGGUAAAGAGCGAGAACGGCGUCCGCCGGCCGAGCGUCGCCUUCUGUCCAAACAGCCAGACCUCGAAUAAUCCCGGCUUGAAAAAGAUCAGAGAGAUCGAUAGCAGCUACCGUCGGUAGGCACAUGAAACGCAGGCAACGCCCCCCCUCCCGCUCCUGAAGGCUCAGCCUGAUGAUCUUGAACAGCUCGUCUGGGGGUGCCGGCAGCGCGAGGUUAUCACUGAUACGUGCACAGCGAGAUCGAUGUAGUCCACGAUCCGAUGGAUAUAAAAUGCAGACAGCGAUCGUAACCACACAUACAGCCGGACCCGCAGCUCGGGGCAGGGCUGCGGGCCCCAUAUCGUCACCAACCGCGUAUGAAUAUCCAUCUGCAGACAGGCAGGAAGGUAAAACACACCAGACACACCCAUCAUGCAUUCACACACGUAUGGAUCUGUGGAGGCAUCUGCUCACUCGUAGUUGUAGUCGGCGCGUGUGUGGAUGACGUCACCCGUGAAGUUAAGAUAGUCUAUGAUAUGCGGCAGGUAGUAGUCCAGACGGAGGGUCUGCAGGGACCAAGAGACACAACAAACACAUCCAUUACGCGUCGAUGGCUGCACGUACUCGUCUGUGCAUAUUGGAUGGAUGGAUGCACUGCUAUCUGCUCAUUCACAACUUACCACGUGUGUGUUGCUGUAAU